AUGGGCGUCUUGUCCGUUCAAGUCGUGCCAGGACAACGUUGUAGGGAAGAAAACGACGAUCUAGUAAUUCCGCAAGGUGAAGACCUGCACUAUGAAGAAGAACUUCUACGAUCUCCGCGCGAAUCACGACUGUGGUUUCGGUAUCUAGACGCCAAGAAAGGAAGCAGUGCUCGCAGACGCUAUAUCAUAUUCGAGCGCUCUGUUCAAGCUCUGCCGGGGAGCUACAAGCUUUGGUAUGCGUAUUUGACUGAAAGGUGUAAUAAUGUUCGUGAUCUCUGUGUUGGAAGUUCAGCGCACGAUUCCCUUGGCAAUACUUUCGAGCGCGCUUUAGUCACGAUGCACAAAAUGCCUAAGAUAUGGGAGCUUUACCUCUAUACACUAUUGAAUCAAGGAUGUGUCACAAAAAUGAGGCGAUCCUGCGAUCGAGCGCUCGCGUCAUUACCAGUGACUCAGCACGAUCGCGUGUGGAAAAUAUAUUUGGAGUUUAUAAAUCAGGAUGGCAUUCCAAUCGAAACAGCGCAAUGCGUCUAUCGCCGAUACAUUAAAUUUGAGCCCGGGCACGCAGAAGAAUACAUCGGGUUCCUCCAGACUCGAGCCCAGUGGGUUGAGAUGACAAGAAAACUGGCUGAAGUUGUUGAGGACGAUAAUUUUCAGUCCCUUGCUGGCAAAAGUAAACACCAGCUUUGGUUGGAUCUUUGUGAUGUCAUCACCAAGCAUCCAUGUAAAGCAGUGGGGCUUGAUGUUGACGCAAUUUUGAGAGGCGGAAUUCAAAAUUUUUGUGGUGAAGUAGGGCAGCUCUGGACUUCCCUUGCUGAUUUCUACAUUCGCACUGGUCUUUUUGAGAAAGCUCGUGAUGUGUAUGAAGAAGGAGUUGCAACUGCAGUCACGAUUCGAGACUUUUCAUUGAUAUUUGAUGCAUACACUCAAUUUGAAGAGAGCGUUCUUAGCGCAAAACUGGAAUCAAUCGGAAGAGAACAAACAGUCACUGCAAACAGCAGAAUGAUAGUGGACUUGCGGCUCGCUCGUGUCGAGCAUCUGAUCGGUCGACGUCCAGAGCUUCUAUCCGCGGUUAUGCUGCGACAAAAUCCGCACAAUACGCCGGAGUGGCAGAAGCGCAUAUCACUGUUCGAAGGGGACCCAACAAAACAGAUUCUUACCUUUACUGAAGCGGUCAAGACAGUUGAUCCCCGGCUUGCUCUUGGGAAGCCCCACGUGCUUUGGAUCAACUUCGCAAAGUUUUAUGAGUUACACGGUGAUGUCGACAAUGCCCGCAUUGUUCUUGAGAAGGCCGCAUGUGUCCCGUUCGUCAAGAUAGACGACCUCGCUUCCAUCUGGUGCGAAUGGGCAGAGCUAGAAUUGAGGCAGAAAAAUUACCAUGGGGCCCUCACUCUUUUGCGUCGUGCAACUUCAGGAUCGGUGAAGUUGGUUGACCCACACUUGGCGCACGCGGAUUCCGUGUCUGCGCAAGAUGGCAUCUGUAAGUCACAGAAGCUCUGGAAGUUUUACUGUGAUCUCGAAGAGUCUUUUGGUUCCAUCGAGUCUUCUAAGGCUGCUUAUGCCCGCAUGUUUGAAGCACGAGUUGCUACCCCGCAGACUGUCUUAAACUUUGCCCACUUGCUGCUGGAACAUAAAUGUUUUGACGAAUGUUUUCGUGUUUUUGAGCGUGGAGUACAUAUUUUCAAGUUUCCUCACUCACGUGAAAUAUGGGUGGAAUACCUUAAACAUUUUGUUCAACAUUUUGGUGCGAAGAAACUUGAGCGAGCUCGAGACCUCUACGAGCAAUGUUGUGACGCUGUUCCGCCAAAAGACUCUAAAUAUUUUUUUCUCGAAUAUGCUCGCCUAGAAGAGAAACACGGUCUGGGACGCCGUGCUAUGGAAAUAUAUGACCGCGCAUGCGACAAGUUACCAGUAAAUGAAAAACUCGGCAUGUAUGAUGUAUACAUAUCUCGUGCAAUGGAGUUGUUUGGAGUUGUGAAGGUUCGCUCUAUUUAUGAAACGGCCAUCGCAAAGAAACUUUCAGACCAGACUACCAAGUCUCUCUGUACUCGAUAUGCUAGAUUGGAGUGUAAACUCGGUGAAAUCGCAAGAGCACGAAGUUUGUACACUCAUGCUAGCCAAUUUGCAAGUCCUCAAUGUGAUACUGAUUUCUGGGAGGAGUGGAACCGUUUCGAGGUUCGAUAUGGGGAUGAGGAUACGUUCAGGGAGAUGUUACGAGUGAAGCGCUCUGUCAGUGCGAAUUUCGUCCAGAUGCACUUUACUAUGAAUACAUCUGAUGUUACCACUGCUGUAGGUACAUCUGAAACAGGGGUUGUGGGAGUUCAUGACGGCAUAAACACACUUGAUGUUGGAAAUGUUCACAGAGCAGGUAAUUCAGAAGUUCAUAAUACUGUUCCACCUAGUGUGACAGAUUCAGUCACGGAAUUAAUGAAGUCUGCUGACGAGAGAUGUGGUCAUAAUCCGACAAUACUAGCUUCACAUACCGACAACCCGGAUGAAAUAGAUUUAAGCGACGGAUGA